GAUUUUGGAAUGUGGAGACCGACGACGUCACCCUCAAUUCGCCCGGGGUGUCGUGUUUAGAAAACUUUUUUGAAAGCACUAAACUGUUCACAGCCACAAGGACACCAAAGCUGUGUAGGGAAACGUGUACUCAUUACUCGCACUGUUUUGGUAACAUUUCUCUCCCACGAGACGCUCGUCUGUGUCUCCAUGGUAACGUGGCGGACGCCCAGCCUCGGCGUUGUCGCGUUGAGCUGAAAGGGGGCGGAACUGGCGAGGGACGACGGCUCCUCCAUACCUCUGUAACCGUAAAGGCAAAAAAAGAAGAGGGAAGAUGGUAAGGGGAGCACGACUGCGUCUGGUCACCAGAAGCUUUCUAGCCAUUUCAAGACGGUGUCUACUACCCCUAUCCUAGUGACACCCAGGGGAACCACUCUUCAGCGGGGAUCCCAUCCCUCCUGAAUUCACCGCUCAGCCAGCAGUCUGUGAACGGCCACUCCGCACCAGGCAUGAUGCCUUCCAGCGGUGCCUCCACAGUCCUCCCCUUCAAGUUUCGUCCACGGAGGGAGAGCGUGGACUGGCGGCGUAUCAACGCAGUGGACAUUGAUCUGGUGGUGAGCCAACUGGAUGUGGAUGCCCUUCAGGAGCACAUCAGCUCUGUGACUUUCUGCAGCCUGGACGGGGAGCGAUGUCAGCGUUGCCAGAGUCCUGUAGACCCAGCCUUGGUUAAGCUUCUGCGUCUCGCCCAGCUCUCAGUGGAGUGGCUCCUGCAUUGCCAAGAGUUUUUGUCUUUUAACCUGCGGACCGCAGAGGAGAGGCUUGUGGCUGCUGGACGGGAGCGUGAGCAGCUGCUGGCUCAACAGAAGAAGCAAGAAGAGAAGAUGAAGAUGCUAACAACUGAGCUCAAGCAGAGGAAGAAGGUUAUCCGCACCCAGCAGUCUCUGCUCACGCCAAGGAUCAUUAGCAGCCACAAGUGUCAGCAUUGUGAAAAAUCUUUCCUGAAUUCUGGCUUCCUCCAGAGUCACAUGCAGCGGCGCCACCCUGACGAGUAUGAGAUCCAGCUGCGGUCCGACACUGAUAAGAAAGUUCAGACUGACAGCCUCAAAUCUGAGGUCAGCAGUUUGAAGGAACAGAUUGUUCAGCUGCAACAUGCCCUGCAAACCAAAACAGCCCAGGAAAAAGAACAGCAGUCGAUGCACAAAGAUGUUCUGAGAGAACUGGACCGUUUUAAGGCUGAGGAGAUGGCACGCAUGGACAGAAAGAUAGAGGACAGCAGGGAUGGCAUGCGCCGGGAGAUGGAAUUUCUUUACUCCAGAAAUAUUCAGGCUCUUAAUGAAGCGAAUCAGUACAGCAAACAAGAGAAACCACCCAGUCCUGUUCAGUCACAGCCAGAGAGAGAUCUAGACAACUACAAAGAGAUGCAGUCACAAGCAAUCCGAAAGCUGGAACAACAGCUCAAAAAACAGGAUAAAAAAUGGGAAUCCCGGAUGCAAGAAAUUGAGUCAGAAAAGAAUCAGUUGUUGAAUGACUUGAGCCGAAUGCAGCUGCUGGUGUCGGAGCACCAGGAGCACAGCCAGAAGCUGCAGCAGGAGAUGGGAAGGAAGCUACAGGAGAAGGAGCAGACUAUCAGGGCUCAGCGGGACCAGAUUAGGAAUAUUUCCUCAAAUCCUCCAACCAGAAUAGUUGAAACACCAGUGAUUCUCAGUACUCCAGAACCAGAACCAAAACCAAAGCGAGUUGUGCUUGAGGAGCCCGUCUCUGCUCCUAAGCUGGAUCCUAUACAGGAGCUGUCAGAAGAGGAGAAAGAGUCAAGCAGCGUCUCUGAAAGGCGACCGGUGGAAAAAAAGCCUGAUCCUGGACUAGGGAAGAAACAGAGGGCAACAAUCAAUGUCCUGAGAAGAAACCCCAAUAUGAAGAAAGAGAUUCGACAAGAACUUGAGAAGUCUGUCUUGAACAAACUGGAAAAUCUUGGAGUCAAGCCUGAUCAGGUUGGUCUGAAGGAUAAGGAGCUGUCCACCAUCCUGUCCAAGAUGCAUUCAAAACGCCAGAGCAAUGAGUACUGGCUUCAGCGGGAGGAGAUCUCCAACACUGUUGACGGAAAGCUGGAAACCCUGAGCAGAGGUAGUGACCCAGCUCUGGGGUCACAAACCAAGACCAAACACUCAUUUAAAGUGUCACAGAUACGGCCUCGAUCCAGUAGCCUGCCCUCCAGAGCAACCCAGAUCAUGUCUGGACCUACGGUGAAGCAGCCCAAAACCCCUCAGCCAGCCCCGAGGACCAGGACCACCACCCAGCCCAAAACGUCUACGCCCAACACUAAGACCGUCCAGAGGAAUUUCACUCCCAAGACAUCACCUUUCAGUUCAGAUGAGGAAGAAACAGAAGAUGAUGACACAGACAUGGAGGCGGAGGAACAGCCCCCCAGACAUCAUCAGAAUCAGAGGGGCAAAGUCCCACAGCUCAGACUGAACCAGGCUGCCCCAGUCCAAAUCAAAGCCACUAAGUCCAGUCCAGUUCUGGCAAAGCAGACCGCAGUUCGGAACCAGUUUAUUUCCAGCUCCCAGGGGUCGAGAGGAUUGACGGGCGGCGCGAUGAAGACGGCCGUCACAAAGCUAGACAGCGAUGAUGAGGAUAAGGAGGACUGGUCAGAAAUCAGUGAGCUGCAAGAAAUCGACCCCAAACAGCUCCAGAGUUUCAAAGACCAGAAUGGCAACGUGGAUAAGAGGAGCUUCGGUAAAGAGAAAUCUGUCAAGAAACCAGCAGGGGGCGUCAGUGUCUUUCCAGAGAGAAAGGACGAAAUUCAGGAACUCACAUACACAGAUCUGGAGGAGAGCAGUGAGUGGGUGGUCUCCUCUUUAGAAGACAAACAGGAAAAGCCAUUUCAGGGCUCUGGACCGGCAAAGAAAAGUCAUGACUCACCCAGUACCAGUGUGUGGGGAACAUCGACAGGAAAGGGAUCCAAAUCAGGUCUGACCGAAGCUGGAACAGGAAGCACGCUCAAGAGCAGCCUGUUCACCUUCAGCGACAUCAGUGACUCCGAGGACAUUAGCAAUAAACACAAUUAACCAUAGAGCAGUUCAGGUUAUGUAGCGCUACAGAGACCUCAGACACUUCCUCAGAUAUUGACACUAAAUGCCAAAUAGGUAUAUUUUCUACACACUGAAGCUAUAUUACAGAGCUGAGCAAUACUUAUUCAAGGGAUUUACUCAGAAAUUAUUAGAUACAUUUGAUAAAUUUUUUUUUUUUCACACCUUAUGCCUUGUGCCAACUUUUUUCUUGCCUUAGACCUUCACAGUGUUCAUUUUCUGAAUAGAUUCUGUCACAGAUGACAGGUCGAUUUUUUUUUUAAAUAGUCAGUGAAAUGUAACGCCACUCUGUUUUGGUACUCUGUGUAGUUUGUAAUGUUUUGUAUUUAAAAUUUUAUGAUUUUGUGUUUAAAAAGAAAACGAAACAUGAAAUGUGAUUUUGUAAAGAAAAUAUUUAUAUGAGCAAUAAAAAUGUCUUUCUUGAAC